AAGCGGUGAUUGAAGGGGGAUAGCAGAGCGGCGGUGGCGACGACGGCCAUCUUAGAGCUACCGUGGUAACCGACUCUCAUCUUCUGGAUUUUUUUUAAAAUUUUUUCUUGUUGGGAGAAAUAUUUCGGCUGACGGGCAAGGGAAGAAGAAGGUUGUUUUCACUUCACCCGCCGUUGAACUCGAAGUCGGGAUGCGGUUCCGAGGGAAUACGCAAUUUGCAUCCGCUGUCGGACUGGUCCUCGGACUAUUAUGUGCGGUGGAGGCAGCUAAAGUCAAUAAGCACAAACCAUGGAUCGAGACAACGUACCACGGGAUCGUAACGGAAAAUGACGACAAAGUACUACUAGACCCCCCUCUUAUUGCAUUGGACAAGGACGCUCCUCUUCGCUACGCAGAGAGUUUUGAGGUGACCCUCACUGAAGAAGGUGAGAUUUGCGGCUUCAGGAUCCACGGGCAGAAUGUCCCCUUUGAGGCAGUGGUCCUGGACAAGUCCACUGGAGAGGGGGUCAUCAGGGCCAAGGACAAGUUGGACUGUGAGCUGCAGAAGGAGCACACCUUCACCAUCCAAGCGUACGACUGUGGAGAGGGUCCCGAUGGAGCCAACAUGAAGAAAUCCCACAAGGCCACUGUCCACAUCCAGGUGAACGACAUCAAUGAGUACUCACCUGUGUUCAAAGAGAAGUCCUACAAGGCCACUGUUAUCGAGGGAAAGAAGUAUGACAGCAUCUUGAAGGUCGAAGCUGUGGACGCUGACUGCUCUUUCCAGUUCAGCCAAAUCUGCAACUACGAGAUCAUCACACCCGAUGUGCCCUUCACCAUCGACAAAGACGGCUUCAUCAAGAACACUGAGAAACUGAGCUACGGCAAAGAACGCAUGUACAAGCUGACCGUGACCGCCUACGACUGUGGAAAGAACCGAGCCUCCGAGGACGUUCUGGUCAAGAUCAGCGUCAAACCCACCUGCAAACCUAGCUGGCAAGGCUUCAAUAAGAGGAUUGAAUACGAGCCUGGCACAGGUAGCCUCGCCCUUUUCCCCAGCAUGCACUUGGAGACCUGUGAUGAGCCGAUCACAUCCAUCCGAGCCAAUAUAGAACUGGAAACAAAUCAUAUUGGGAAGGGCUGUGACCGCGACACCUACUCUGAGAAGUCUCUGCACAAGCUGUGCGGAGCCAGCACCGGCACAGUGGAGCUCCUACCUGCACCCAGCAGCUCCUCAAACUGGACAGUAGGACUGCCCACUGAUAAUGGGCAUGACAGCGACCAGGUGUUUGAGUUUAAUGGCACCCAGGCCAUCAAGGUUCCUGAUGGCAUGGUGAGCACCAGCCUGAAAGAGCCCUUCACCAUCUCUGUGUGGAUGAGACAUGGCCCCGGGGCUCAAGAUAAGGAGACCAUUCUGUGCAACUCUGACAAGACAGAGAUGAACAGACACCACUACUCCCUCUACGUCCACAACUGCAGGCUGAUCCUUCUCCUGCGUCAGGAUCCAUCUGAGGCCGAGAACUACAAACCAGCUGAGUUUCACUGGAAACUGGACCAGGCGUGUGACAAAGAGUGGCAUCACUAUGUGCUGAAUGUGGAGUUCCCCACUGUGUCUCUGUUUGUUGACGGGACUACAUUUGAGCCCUUCCUGGUUACAGAGGACUAUCCACUGCACGCCUCAAAGAUCGAAACUCAGCUCACCAUUGGUGCCUGCUGGCAAGACAACUCAGGACAUGACAAUGACACUGAGUCAGUCUCUGAGCCCACCUCAGGCGCCAAUGCCAGAAUGGCUCAGUUUUUCCGAGGUAACCUGGCUGGGCUGAUGAUCCGCUCGGGCAAGCUGGAGAACAAGAAGGUGAUCGACUGUUUGUACACAUGCAAGGAAGGACUUGACGUACAGCUGCCUGAGGAGGUAGCCUCAGCUGUCAAGGUGGAAUUCAACCCCAACCAGUCCUCUCUGACCGUUGAAGGUGAUGACAUUGAUGCCUUAGACAAGGUCAUGCAGCACAUCUCCUACUUGAACUCCCGCCAGUUCCCCACCCCAGGCAUCAGACACCUUCGCAUCUCCACCACCGUCAAAUGUUUCAAUGAGGAGGCCUGUGUGUCGGUGCCAGAUGCUGAAGGUUACGUGAUGGUGCUGCAGCCCGAAGAGCCCAAGAUCAGCCUGAGCGGCAUUGAUCACUUUGCCCGCAGUGCUGCUGAAUUCGAGAGCCAGGAAGGUGUGACCCUGUUCCCAGAGCUACGCAUCGUGAGCACCAUCACCCGUGAGGUGGAGGCUGACACCGAGUCAGAAGCAGCAGAGGGAGCUGAUGAUGACCCUACAGUCCAAGAGACAGUAGUGUCAGAAGAGAUCAUGCACAACCUGGACACAUGUGAGGUGUCUGUGGUUGGAGACGAGCUGGAUGGGGAGCACGAGAGCCUGGAGCUGGACGUGUCUCAGCUGCAGCAGCAUGGUCUGGAAAUGAGCUCCUCUAACCUGGGCCUCGUCGUGACAGGUGUCAACACAAUGGCCAACUACGAGCAGGUCCUGCAUCUUAUCCGUUACAAGAACUGGCACACAGAGGCUCUCUUUGACAGGAAAUUCAAACUGGUCUGCUCUGAACUCAACGGCCGUUACAUCAGCAACGACUUCAAGGUUGAGGUAAAUGUAAUCCACACAGCCAGUCCUGUGGAGCACGCCAACAAUGCCAUGGUGCAGCCCAACUUCAUUAACCCUGUGCAUCACGCCUCUGUGGAUCUGUCUGGUCAUAACCUGGUCAAUGCUCACCAGGCCUCAGUGGUUCCCAGUGCUGCCACCAUUGUCAUUGUGGUGUGUGUCAGCUUCCUGGUGUUUAUGAUCAUUCUGGGCGUUUUCCGCAUCCGCGCCGCACACCAGCGCACCAUGAGAGACCAGGAGAACGGCAAGGAGAACGAGAUGGACUGGGAUGAUUCAGCACUCACCAUCACCGUCAACCCCAUGGAGACGUACGAGGACCAGCACAGCAGUGAGGAGGAGGAGGAAGAGGAGGAGGAGAGUGAGGACGGAGAGGAGGAAGAUGACAUCACAAGCGCUGAGUCAGAGAGCAGUGAAGAUGAGGAGGGCGGGGAGCCGGAGGACCAGCAAGGGGCCAGCAGACAGCAGCAGCUGGAGUGGGACGAUUCCACCCUCACCUACUAGAGGAACACACACACACACACACACACACACACACACACACACACACACACACACACACACACACACACAUUACAGUUAACACAAGCACAGACACACAUCACCAAAUCACACCCCCUGCUCUGCACACACUACAACCCCGUACAGCUACAUGUCCAAGGAGCCAUGAUGUAAAAAAGAAAAAAAAGAUAAAAACGCAAAAGAAAAAUUCCCUUCAGCGUAUAUAUGGUCAAGGUUUUCCUGUCGUUACCUUAGUGGUGGUAAUCAGUGUAGUGUAGACAUCACCGGAUUGCUAAUUUUUACUGUUUAUUUUUUUAUUUAUUAUAUUUUAAUUCCCGGGAAAUCUUGGCCUACAUUUGUUUGGAACUGUGUGAGGAAGCCAACCCUGCACUUUUUUGUUUUCUCUCAGACAUAUAAGGCUCUCAAAUGGAGAAUUUAUUUUCUGAUGUAAAUUCUUUGCUUAAUGCUAUUAGAAUCGUUUGCCGCUAAAGUCGUAUAUAGCUAUGACUUGAGUUUCCUUGACUUGUUGUCCUCAGUAAACAACGCUUUUAACGAGUAGACUGCAUUUUCCUUUUAUUUUUCCUUUGUGUUUUUCUAGUGCAUGAGGAUAUUUGAGAAGUCAUAUAUGUAGAGAAAUCAAUUGCUUUUUAAAGAUUUUGUAAAUAUAAAGAAACCAUGUAAUUAGUCAAUGUGUUAGUGAAGGCCUACUCAAACGGGGUCCAGUAUCUAAAAUGACGCAGUACGUAAUGUAGAAUAUUUGUGUUACAAAAGGCUGUAGCAUGUCGCUCAAUUUCUGCAAAAGCAAUUCCAUCAUGCUUGUACAAAAAAAAUGUCUGCUUCAUGACGAGAAACCCAGGACAUUUAAGAGGAGGUUUUCAUGACAAAUCAGUUUUCAAUUUUGUCUUUUUCUUUAUCGCAAAGAAGGAAAAUGCUUCUUUUCCUUUCUCAUUGGCAGGAUUGGAUGGUGUCAUCUUCAUACACGCUUUGCUUUGCUUGCACAGGUGUCGGUGUAUUUCAUUCCCAAUAGAUCUCACUGUUGUACAGAAGGGAUUUCCCUUUUCUUUUUUUUCAGGGUAAUCAUACAUGCUAAUGUACAAACCAACAUUUCGAGUGGAACGGUACAACCCCAGGCCAGCAGGUACUGUAGUGCUGUUGAUCUGGAAGUAUGGGUACUAACAUUUCUGCCAGUGUGUUUGGAGUAUGUAGAGAGAUUUCCUCAGCAGCUUUUAGAGCUUUUUGACCGCAUCCCAGUCCUGCUGUGCUGACAGAAGUAGGAUGGGGGGGAAAAAACCUUCAAACUACUGAAAGAGCAGAUUUAUGACAGACAGAGCUUUAGAGGAGCUUACUGGAACCUUUGGUGUUUGUUUAUUGGGGGAGAGAGGAGAAAUGAAAGUACUUUUCAGGAUUGCUUUAUAGCAAACUAAUUUACAUGGCACAGCUAUUUAAUCUGAAAUAAUAAAACAGAUAAAGGAUUCAUUUUAAAACUGGUUUCCUAUUGCAAAAUAAGAGCCAUCUUUAUUAUAAUUCAAGGAAUUACACUUAAAUGUAUGACUGCUUAGUUAACAAUAGGUAAACAUAUCAGAAAUGAAUCUUCUUGUGGAUAUCUUCAAAUGAAAUAUUUUUUGCAGUAGACCACUAGAUUUUAUUGUACAAGGAACUGUACUGUAGAGUUGUUUUCAAGAUAUUUGUUUACAUUUGGUAAACUGAUUUUCCUUCUGGUAAUAGUAUCAAGCUUAUACAAUUGAUUGGGAAAAUGUGUCCGACCUCUCAGACUGUUGUAUAUAUCUUUCACAACACCAGAUACUAAUGUACCUUCACACUUAACUGUUAAGUGUUUGUGUCUUGUAUUUUCUUUGGGUACCAAGCAAAUAUAAACAUCUCCCAAACCUGCACAAUGAAAGCAGAUCAGAUUUUGGGCUGUGAAGUGAACAGAAUGUGGCAUUAUCGGGAGUAGAAAUGUUGGUGUUGCGAGUCUUUAUUUUGCAUGCAAUUUUAUUUUCAGAGGCCAUGGAUUUGAAUUUAACAAAGACAAUUUCUUUUGAGGGUAUGAGUCCGACAGUUGGUUGUAUUAGCUUCAAUUAAUUUAUGAUUUUUAGGAGGUCUGUGGUGCAAAGUGAGUAGUUAACAGUCUCCCCUCCAUGAUGACUUGGGACUUGUUAAAAGAGGGCCACGUCUGAACAGGCUGAGAUGGGAGUGCCUUUUUCCGAUCAUAGCGCAAUUAGCAGGUCUAACAAAAACACUCAUUGGUGCGCUUUUAUUUGUGGAAUUAUUUGUUUUUUUAUUUGUUUAAAGCUAGAGAUGGGGAUUUACAUUUUUUCAGUUGUAAGAAUACUCCACAUUACAAAUGAAAGAGGUUUUACAUAGAUGUCUUGUGUCCAUGUUGAUGUUUAGAGGAACUAGAUCCAUAUUGUAUCUUCUAUAUUGUACGCAAUCAUUGAUGGAAUCCACCUUUAAAAAGAUGUACAGUACAUUAUAAAAUUGCUUUGGCAGCAUACGUUGGUAUACUGUUAAUUCACCUAUUUGUGUAUAGUGGAAGGUAAUUUUGAACAGUGUCCUAUUGCCUGAGUUGUUGAGAAAUGAUUUUGAGGGCAGCAUGAAAUUCACAUGAACCAGAGAAUACUAAGCCUGUCGACUUGAAAGUUUCAGUAUGUCAAACACUUGAUGUCCACAUUUCAUCUACAACUUAAUAAUAAAAUGUCAUGGGUCACUGCUAUGUGCACACUGAAUCUUCAAUCAAGUCUCUUCACAGUGACUCCACCAUCUCCACUUUUCGGAGUGUAAUGCUUUCUGAUAAGCCCCUGAGCUAAGUGUAAGUUGGUUGAAUUGAAUGUCACUGCCUAACAAAACUGAAAUGCAGCCAUACGGUAAUAACACUAAUGAUGUAAAGGGGGCGUUAACGUUGCAUGAGCCACACGUUUUUAUUACUUUCCAUGUGGGCUUGUUAGACUGGAGUGAGAAAGGAGGCGCUAUACACUGCUCAUUCUCAGAUUGUCUGUGUCACAUGUCCAGAUAUUUUUCUUUUCCCUGUUUUGUUUUCUUUUAAAAAUUUGCUCAAAACGGAAGGUAACAAUGUUUUCUGAACGAUUGAAUGUUUCCUUUCUGCUUGUUGGAGCUGCUCUCACUUUCCUAACAAUUUAAAGGCAAAUUGUAGUGAAGUCGAUGCUUGCUCAUAAACAAAAUAAAGGGUGAUGAGAUGGGGUAUAA